AAAAAAAGGAAAAGAAGAAGAAGAAGAGGGGGGAGGUCAGUAAUUAUUUAGGGGGGGGGGGAAGAAAGAAAGAAACAAAGUUGUCGACCGUGCAGUGCACACGGGGAGGGAUUUUUUUUUCCCGUGUGGAUCUAUCUCGCAGCGGCUCGUUGGGUCCGGCACCGGUCCGCUCGGGGAUGCGAGUGUAACGGGGUUUCCACCCCCCUCCACCAGCAGCACCAGCACCAACCCCCCUGCGUUUCCGUCCUGUGUCUCCAAAACUUCUCUCUUCCACCGAGUCCCGGAGCGGAUUUCUCCUUUCGGGGGAGAAAAAACACAAACCGCCCGGGGAAUGAUCGGAGCAGCCGAUCGGAGCCGACGGAGCGAGGAGCCGCGGCUCGGCUUCUUAUAAGUUCAACUUCUUUUCGACAAGUUGCGUCUCCCUCCCCGAGCACAUUUCGACCCGAGAUGAAUGGCAGAAGUCGGAUGGAUUGUCGCUCACCACAGAUUACCUGCGCCCGUGGAUCCUCCACACAGAGGCAAACCGGAUGACUUCAGCCAUGUAACCGCCCUGAAAUGUCUUAAAGGGUCUUAUUUAUCUGUUUUUUUUGUUGUAUUUAUUGUGUUUGUGUGUGUGUGUAUAUAUAUAAGGGAUCCAUUUUUUUAUUUUUUUUUAGCAAAUUCCAAGGCCAGUUAUAUAUAUAUAUAUAUAUAUAUUUUUUGUAUUUUGAACGCUGACAUUUCAACUGUCGUAGUGAAAGCUCUAGACUCCCUCGAACAUCUUUGUUCUGCUGUACAUCUCUCCCACACACACACACACACACACACACACACACACUGUAUUUUUCCUGUCCACGCCGAAUCUGUAACCUCCCAGGGGAGAAGCUCCACUUUCGCCCCCGGACGAGGCAUCCGGGAAAAAAAAAAAAAACGGCUUCACCAUGGACAGGCCGAUCAGCAAGCUGCUGGAGAAGCUGAAGCUGACCGACUCGGGCAGUGUGAAAUUCAACAGCUCAAAGAAGAAACACGACUCUGCCAGCAACUCUAACAACAGCAACGCCAACGCUGGCAUCUCCGGAGGCGGCGGCGGGGGCAGCGGCCUGCCACCGGCUCCGGGCUCUGCGGCUGCCUCGCCCUCGAGACCCGGCCAGUUCUCGCUUGCCCCUGCAACCACAAGUGAUGCAUGUGUUCCAGCGAGUGGGAGGGGGGGAGGAGGAGGAGGAGGAGGAGGAGGGGGAGGGAUGGGUAUGCCUCCCUCUCAGCUCCUCACCUCACCACAGACUUCCGCCGCGGUGGGCGCCAUACCCUCAGAUGGCGAGCAGCCGCUUCACCCCUCCACCCUGGCACCGCUGAGGCGUCGCUCCCCGCAGCAGCGGGCCUCCUGUUACCUGGGGGAAGGCGUGGAUUCGCACAUGAGGCGCGAGUCCGGUCUGGGCCCCGAGUGCGACCCCAUGGGGACGUAUGGCUCCAAGACGUCCCUCAACCAGCGGCGCUACUCACUGGAGCUCCAGCAGCUGGUCCGACGGCAGCAGCUCCUCUCCCAGCCGCCGCCUCUCUCCGUGCCCCCGCCGUACCCGAGCUAUGGAUCGGCCCCCCGAGGCGGCAUGGCCGAGCCGGGGUACGUCUCCGAGCACGAGAGGCACAAGCGUCUCUCCCUUCAGGAGGCUCUGUUCUACAAACGCCUGAGCACAGGCAGUGAACUGUGGGAGAGCCCGAGGCCGGCGUCCCUCUCUCAUCCGCCACAUCGGCCGUCCGAUGUGACCGGUGGAGGUGUAGGGGGGAGCUUCUUUUACCCCCCGGGGCCAACUGUGAGCCCAUGCUCGUCGUUCAGCCUGCAGGAGUCGCUGCUGGUCAGCCCCAGGUCCAGCUUCGCCUCCAGCACGGCCAGUGGUGGUGGAGGAGGGAGCCCCAUGGGGAGCCGCUGCAGCAGCAACCGGACCAGCGGCAUCAGCCUGGGCUACGACUCUCGCUACUCGGCCUCUGGAGGCCUCCCCCCACAGCAGCCGUCCCCCUCCAUGCAGACAGCGGGCUCUGUGGCUGGUUACGGCGCUCCGGGAAGGGCCGGGGUCACCCCCGUGGAGGCCUGGACUCAAUACCUGGAGGUGGGCAUGCGACCAGGGGCCCACGACAGUCGACACUCCUACCCACCUGCCGUGGGAAGUCCCGCAGCCGCAUGCUACCCGGGGGGGCCGGAGUGGUGGGACGAGCAGCAGGUGGGAGUGAGAGGCAAAGAGGGGGGUGUGAUGGGAGAGAGGGCUCGCUACUCGGACCUGCCCGGCACCCGCUAUCAGGAGGAGCUCACCCGGCUUCUCCUGAGGGAUGCGGCGCUGGAGGGCGAGAAGCUCCUGGACGGCCUGACGCUGAAGGAGCACUCCCUGGCCCUGACGGCGCUCUCGAAACCGAGCGCGGCGGCGCUGGGGCCGUCGUCCGCCGGGGCGCCGCUCAAACCCCAGGAGGAGCCGGGAGUCGGAGCCGGGAGAGAGGGCGCGGAGAGCCGCCAGGAGUACUUUGGAACCUGUGUGAAGUGCGGGAAAGGCGUGUACGGGGCGGACAACGCCUGCCAGGCUCUGGACCACCUCUAUCACACGCGCUGCUUCACCUGCGUGUCCUGUGGACGCACCCUGAGGAACAAGGACUUCUACAAUGUCAGCGGCUCUGUGUACUGUAAAGAGGAUUACAUGUUUUCGGGAUUCCAGGCGGCUGCUGAGAAGUGUAGUGUGUGUGGCCACCUUAUUCUCGAACAGAUCCUGCAGGCCAUGGGGAACUCGUACCACCCCGGCUGCUUCCGCUGCGUGGUCUGCUCCAAGGCGCUGGACGGCGUGCCGUUCACCGUGGACCAGCACAGCAACAUCUACUGCGUCGCAGACUACAACAAGACUUUUGCCCCCAAGUGUGCAGCCUGUUUACAGCCCAUCUUACCCACCGAGGGCAGCGAGGAGAUCCUCAGGGUCGUGUCCAUGAACAAGGACUAUCACUUUGAGUGCUACCACUGCGAGGAGUGUAGAAAGCAGCUCUCCGACAAGCCCGGCUCGCAGUGCUUCCCCCUGGACUCUCAUCUCCUCUGCCACUCCUGUCACAUGAGCAGGGCGUGUGCCACACACAGCAUUCCCCCCCACAACACACACUGAUCGGUGCCUAUGCAGCUACAUUAUGUUUGGAGAAAAGAAAAAAAAAAAGGUGUUCGUUACAUUUCGUCUCUCUCUCGUGCUUUUCCGCUCAGUCGCGUUUUUUUUUCCUCUCCAAGAGAUGAAACUGCUGAUAUUGAGACAUUUCCACUGAUUCACUUUUGCGUCUUCGACUCGGAUCAGUCCCGUGUGUCACGUGUACUGCCUGCUGUACCAUUUACUGUACCAUAGUUAUAAGGGAACGAAAAAUGAAACUACUGCUUUAUUAUUAUUAUAUUUUUUUUACCCCAAUGUGGCUACUGUUUGCUGUAGAAGAACAAGGGAUUUUUGCUAAACUGUUUUUUGGCUAAAACAUUUUGCACUUAAAAAUUUAAACUUUACUGUAAAGAGAUUUGUUCCGUGAAUCUGUACAAUUUUUAGGGGGGGAAAAAAACAAAACAUUUCUGCAAUUUCCUUAUGUUGUAAUAAAUAUUUUCAUUUGUGUUCUGACAAUUGUAGAUGAACCUCUCUAAUCUGUAAUAUGUUUGGUAAAGCAACAUUUAAAGCAUUUUCCUCUGCUCUGAA